AUGGACGAGGAAGAUGUCCUGGAUGUGGGCGGUCAAGUACUACCGUGGAUCAGUAACCAAGCCAUCCUGAUAGGGCAACAGACGCGUAAUAAGGUUUACGGUACGCUGGGCUGCGAGCUGUUCGUUCUAUCCCAGCACAUCCCAACUAUCAGCGAGACAGCCCUUGCGCGAGAGAGAUUGCUGAAGAUAUUCGAGAUUAUCGAUAAAGCGUGCUCAACGUCGCGGAACGAGGCAGAUCGAUUUCGGGCUCUGAACAGAAUCCGUAGUUACAAGGAUUCCACGAGCAGAAUUAGACAGACUGUCAUUAGAGAGACACAGGAAAGCUUGAAGCAUUUUGCCCUACAUAGCCCAGAAUACCAUGCUCUCUUGCGACUGAUUUCUGAUUGCUUGACGGUGGACGAAACAGAGCCACUCUAUACCGAGGAACAUCAGGACGAUUGCAAUGUCGGAUACCCAGGGUACUUGAACGAAAUCCUCUACAAUCAGCUACAGACCUACGCUACAUGUGGCUGCCGCACCGGACACUUAAAAUCGACUCGACUGCGACUGAGUAUUGAGAGCCAAAUCGUAGAUGAUGAUGUUUCCUUUGAGUUCGUCUUUAAGGCCAACACCUUCCCACCUACGCGUUCCCCCUCAUUCGUGCAGUGGAAGGAGUCGAACGUGAGAGUCACAAGGUAA